AACCCUGUAUUAAAAAAAAAAGGAUAAUUGGAAAGAAACAAAGAAACAUUCCACCACAAAGCGUGUUCCAAUCUCUCCCGCUCUCUCUUCUCUCUACACACACCGGAACUGACUGAGAGAGUAUGUCGGAUCCUGAUUUGUCUCUUCCUCUCAUCACAUCCGACCAACCAGAGGUCCUCAUCUCAAUCGAUGACGACGGAGAAGACUCGGUACUCGAUCAUCAAGACCAAAACCACCACCCUCGUGGUCUCCAAUUCGACAAUCUCAAUCCGGUUAACCCUUUCCGGUUUCUCAGCGACGCCGAGCCUCCGGUUCAAAACCCCACCACGGUUGAUCCGUUUCGGAACGACACACCAAGAGUGUACGGACUCUACGAAGCGGUCAAGAUCGUGAUUUGCCUCCCGCUUGCUUUGGCUCGGCUUGUUCUCUUCGGUGUUAGCUUGGCUGUUGGUUACUUGGCCACGAAGGUAGCACUCGCUGGGUGGAGAGACAGACACAACCCUAUGCCUCGAUGGAGAUGCAGAAUCAUGUGGGUCACUCGCUUCUGUUCCAGAUGUAUCCUCUUCUCUUUCGGUUAUCAGUGGAUACGACGAAAAGGGAAACCUGCUCGAAGAGAGAUUGCUCCCAUCGUUGUAUCAAACCAUGUUUCUUAUAUUGAACCAAUCUUCUACUUCUAUGAGCUAUCACCCACCAUUGUUGCAUCCGAGUCCCAUGAUUCACUUCCUCUUGUUGGAACUAUUAUCAGGGCUAUGCAGGUGAUAUAUGUUGAUAGAUUCUCACAGGCAUCAAAGAAGGACGCUGUGCAUGAAAUAAAGAGAAAAGCUUCCUGCGGUAGAUUUCCUCGUCUGCUGCUAUUCCCGGAAGGAACCACUACCAAUGGGAAAGCUAUUAUUUCCUUCCAACUCGGUGCUUUCAUCCCAGGUUUCCCCAUUCAACCUGUCGUCGUCCGGUAUCCCCAUGUACAUUUUGAUCAAUCCUGGGGAAACAUUUCUUUGUUGAUGCUCAUGUUCAGAAUGUUCACCCAGUUUCACAAUUUCAUGGAGGUGGAAUACCUUCCAGUAAUUUAUCCCAAUGACAAUCAAAAACAAAAUGCUGUGCGUCUCUCGCAGAAGACAAGUCAUGCAAUUGCAUCAUCUUUGAAUGUCGUCCAAACAUGUCAUUCUUAUGGGGACUUGAUGCUACUCAACAAAGCAUCUGAGUUAAAGCUGGAAAAUCCUUCAACUUACAUGGUUGAAAUGGCAAAGGUUGAGUCGCUAUUUCAUAUAAGCAACUCAGAAGCAGUGCGGUAUUUGGAGACAUUUUCUUCCAUGAAUCCGGAUUCAAGUGGAUGUGUUACGCUUCAUGACUUUCUUCGGGUUCUCAAAUUGAAGCCUUGCACUCUUUCUAAAGAGAUAUUCGGGUUCAUCGAUGUGGAGAAGACAGGAUCAAUCACUUUCAGACAGUUCUUGUUUGCCUCGGCUCAUGUAUCAACACAGCCACUUUUUCAGCAAACAUGCGAGCUAUCCUUUUCACAUUGUGACGCAGAUGGAGAUGGCUAUAUCUCCAUUCAAGAACUUGGAGAUGUACUGAAACCCACAAUCCCAAACUUGACCAAGGAUGAGAUUCAAGGGCUGUACAUUUUGCUUGAUGACGACAAAGAUCAAAGAAUCAGCAAGAAUGAUUUCUUGUCCUGCUUAAGAAGAAACCCUCUGCUCAUAGCUAUCUUUGCGCUUACCUUGGCUCCAACAUAACACAUAGAGACAAGAUUGUGACUUUGUCUUGUUGUAUCAUUAUAUAUACCUUUUGUUUUCUUUUGAUAUAGUAAAAAAGAAAGGGGCUGCUAAGUUUUAGUCC